AUGGAAACCAGCGAUGCGGACAUCCCGAAUGGUCCAGUGGAGCCGGUUGUCAAUGGGCUCCCUAAAGCAGAGGAUCUCGAGACACCUCCGCCAGCCCCAGGCUCCUCACAAAAUACGCAACAAGAGCAAGUUGUGGCAAGCGAUCAUACCUCCUUGGCUGCCUCAAUCGAUGGGGACAAUCUGAGUUUGGGACCGGCGACAACUUGA